GACAUCGGUAGACUCGCUCGGAUUUCCAUAGAAUGUUACAGUUCGAAUCCGCCAUAUUGUAAGGCGGCUUUAUCACAUAAAUUCGAGUUGGAAAAAAUUGCAUUUAUUUUUUCACAAUAAAAACGCAGACCAAAUUCUGCUUUUCGUUUCGUUUCGUUUUGUUUUCCCUUUUUUCCGCGUUGUAAAACCGCAAAAUCAAAGUGUUACGGGGCACCAAAUAAAAAUGGAUUUAACAAAACCAAGUCAUUAGUUUGUUGGGGCCCCCAAUUUUUUUUUUUUCUUUUUCCUCGGCUCAGCACACAACAUCGAGGCUAAAAAAAAAAUAUAUAUACGGAUUUUUUUUUCUCUUGUUUUUCGACGAUCGAAGAAACGUAAGACAUCUGAAAAAGAAUUGAUUGUCGGAAAUAAGAAUGAAACAAAUUUCAAGUUGAACAAAAUAAAAAGCUAAAAAGAAUUAAGAAAUAAAAACGAACGCAACGGAACAAUUCGUUGAGUAAAUUAUUUGGAAAUUUGUUGGGCUGAAUUUGUCAACGAUAACCCAUGAAAGAGAGGGAGAGAAAGAGAGAGAAAAAAAAGUGCUAAACAAUCAAAUCAACUAGGAAAAUCUAUUUUGUGUGUGAAAUGUACGGCAAAUCGAGAAGAAAAAAGGAUUAACCAAUCAACACCAAAGUGAGAGCGAGCAAAUUAAAAAAUAAAUAAAUUACCACACACAAAUACUCAUACACACACACACGAAAAGUGGAAGCCAAUUUUUUUUUUCUGGUGAAGAAGAACACAAAACAUCAAACAUUCAGUUUUAGUGAAUUGUGGUUUAUGAAAAAUAUAUAUACACACACAUAUAUGUAGUAUAAUAAUAAUAAUAACAACAACAAAAACGCGAUAGAAAAAAAGUCAUCAAAUAUAUUAUCAAUAAGCAGCAGUUUUUCGUACAGAUUCUAUUGAAUACAACAACAGCAACAAUAAAAAAGAAUUAAAACGCAUACCAACGAAGAAGUAGCGAGUUAAAUUAACAAAAAAAAAAGUGUAACAUUCUUUUCUUUCGCAUAUUUUUUUAUACGUCAUCGUUGUCACUGUCAUCGUCGUCGAUCUUGUUGUUGUUUUCAUCAUCAAAUGGAUAUCACGAUUAGGUACAGUGUGCACAAAUGGUUAAUAGAAAUAAGGAUUUAAAGCGUCCGCAAGAGUUUUUAUUCAUUCCGUGUGUUCGAGAGAGUGAUUGAGGGUGUGUGUGAGGGAGAGAGAGAGAGAGAAAAAGAGUCGGAUUUUGCUACAACUACACCGAGUCGAGAUUUUUUUUUUUCUGCAUCUUCUGUAUGUUGUUUUCAAUAUAUUUGCUUCUUCGGACAAGUGUGACAAGAACAAUACACGAACACGAGAAAAAAGUAUGUAAAAAGAGCGGAACAGAAAAAAAGAAUAAACAGAACGCCUUCAGCAUGCAAUCUCAGUGCUCUCCUCUCAAUCGGUCCAAAUAGUGCAGAGACUUCCAAGCUACAUGAGAGUCGUCGUAUGCAGCGGCAGAAUAUGUAAAAUAGAAAUCAUCGUUGUUCUUGGACGAAUCGAUGCGUAGGGAAAUCGAUAGAAACAUAAAUCAAAUCAGCAAAUCACCCGAAACUAACAACAACAACAACAACAACUGACACCACCACCACCACUACUACCACACACAAAAAUCAAUUCGAAUUGUCUCGUUAAUAUCGAUCGGUAUUUGUUAUUUCGAUAUAAAAAAAAAAACUACAACAAAUUUUUUUUGUCUGUGUAAGAAGUAAGUCGUAACAAAACUAGAUAUAAAUAAUGGAGUGCUGCCUGUCUGAGGAAGCCAAAGAGCAAAAGCGAAUCAAUCAGGAAAUCGAGCGACAGCUGAGACGUGACAAACGUGAUGCUCGACGCGAACUCAAGUUAUUAUUGCUCGGUACUGGUGAAUCGGGCAAAUCGACAUUUAUCAAACAGAUGCGAAUUAUCCACGGCAGUGGUUAUUCCGAUGAAGAUAAACGUGGCUUUAUUAAGUUGGUAUUCCAGAACAUAUUUAUGGCAAUGCAGUCCAUGAUUCGUGCCAUGGACAUACUCAAAAUUCAGUAUAGUUCACCAAAUAAUACGGAGAACGCUGAGUUGGUCAGAAGUGUAGAUUUCGAAACAGUAACCUCAUUUGAACCGCCGUACGUGCAAGCUAUCAAAGAUUUAUGGGCCGAUGCUGGCAUUCAGGAGUGCUACGAUAGACGACGAGAAUAUCAGCUAACGGACUCAGCUAAAUAUUAUCUUAUGGAAAUCGAUCGUGUGGCUGCGCCAAACUAUUUACCAACUGAACAAGAUAUAUUAAGAGUUCGUGUACCGACAACGGGCAUUAUUGAAUACCCGUUCGACUUAGAGGAAAUUCGGUUUAGAAUGGUAGACGUCGGUGGACAGAGAUCUGAAAGAAGAAAAUGGAUUCAUUGUUUCGAGAAUGUUACAUCAAUUAUUUUCUUGGUUGCACUUUCCGAAUAUGAUCAAAUUUUGUUUGAGUCCGAAAACGAGAAUCGAAUGGAAGAAUCAAAAGCUUUAUUUAAAACUAUUAUUACGUAUCCGUGGUUCCAACAUUCAUCAGUCAUUCUUUUUUUGAAUAAAAAAGAUCUCUUAGAGGAAAAAAUUAUGUAUUCGCAUUUGGUAGACUAUUUUCCAGAGUACGAUGGUCCACAAAGAGAUGCAAUAACAGCUAGAGAGUUCAUCUUGCGUAUGUUUGUAGACUUAAAUCCCGAUUCAGAAAAAAUUAUUUAUUCCCAUUUUACAUGUGCAACAGAUACAGAAAAUAUUCGAUUUGUUUUUGCUGCGGUUAAGGACACAAUUUUACAAUCGAAUCUAAAGGAAUACAAUUUGGUGUGAACAUUUGCGUGUGAAUGUGCAAUUCUCGCUCGCUUCGCAUGCAACACAACAGCAACCGCAACCGCAACUGCAACAACAACAAAAACAAAAACAUUUAUUAUAAAUAAAUUGAUAAGUUGAAAACAAACAAAAAAAUACUAUGAAAGAAAAACAAAAAGAAAAAAAAAUGAAAUUAAAAAGAGGAUGAGAAAUGAAGAGAAAAAAAACACUACAGAUAAAAAGAGAAGGAAGGAAAGGAUAAAAAAAAAAUUACACAUACACACAUUAACUAUACCUACUAUAUAAUUGAUAUAUAUUUAAAAAAAAAACAAUAUUAUAUUUUAUAUGAUAACAAAGAUAAAAAGUAAAAACAGAAAGUCAAAAACAAACAACAACAACAACAAAAAGAAAAAGAAAAACAAAAAUUAAAGAAAUUUUGGAAGCAAACCAGCAAUCUAAAGUCAAAUAGGAUGCUAGUAAUAAAUUUAUUUAUGAAUACUUAACACAAGAAAUGAGUGCGAAACAUUUGAUUGAAGAAACCAAAAAGAGAAAUGCGCAAAAAUGGUUAAAACCGAAAAACUAAAAAAAUCAUAAGAGCCACACACAUGUUCACCGUUGUGCGAAACAAACUGCGAAGAGAAAGAGAAAAAAAAAACAAUCAGAUAAUUUUUUUUCUUUAGUUCGAUCUGUGUCAAGAACUGUCCGAAGCACAGCGCGCCUGAGAUCUGAGAAAGCACAUAGUAGAAGCGCCUUCGGUCGCAGUAAUCGAUCGAGUCGGCGGCCAGCAUCAUGUUAAAUGCCAUCAAAUCAAUAGAUGCUAUUCAUAUGCCACAUCCUCUCCCUCCGUCAAAACCAAUCAAAAACAAAUCACUAAACUGGAACUAAAUCUCCGAUUGAAUCUUAUUCGUGUGCUAAUUUCAACCAAACAGCUCAUUCAGCCGAAACUAAAACCCACACACACACAUACACACUCUCACCCAAAAAUACGACAAUGUUUCUAUUUUUUACUACUCGCAGCGCGAUUACUGUGAUUGUCAAUGUUUUGUGGAAGAAUGGAAAUGGAAAUCAUUUUUUUCAACUUUCAACACCAUAGCAAAAACAGAACAUUUCAGUCUUGAAAGUAGGACAUUUCAGUUUUUAAAAGAAAAAAAGACGAAAAUGAAAAAAAAUCCUUUUCGACCGAAAACUUGUUCAGUUGAAAUGAAUUCAGUUGUUGAAAAGUGAUUUUCACAUUUGGAACUAGAAGAAAAUGACCUAAAAAUAAAUGAAGUUUAAAUCGGAUACAUAAACAAGCCUCAAAACAACAUUUCAAGCUUUGCAAUUUGUUCAUAUUUUAAAUACAAACAUGUUUGAUCCACAAAAUGGAACGUGUAUCACUAACCAUGUAUCAAAUCGAUUGAAAAAAAAGAGAAAUCUUUGAAAAAGAUGAAUCUUCAUUGGACUUAUUGCCAAAAACGCAUUUUUCAAGGAAAAAAUUUGAAAGCGAAAAAAGAAUCUGAAAAAAUGUUGUGAGCAGACACAGAACACAUACACAGAGACAAACGUGAUCGAUAACGCUUGACCGAGGGACACGAUUAAGAAAAAUAUUGAGUGAAAUGGAAAAUGUUUCGUAUAUGUUAUACAUAUGCGAUCAAGCUAAAGAAAAAAGAAACAGGCCCAAUAGCAUCAACAACAUCAACAAUAUAUAUAACUAAGAAAAAGAAUAAAGUAAACAGAAGAAAAAAAAUUAUUAAAAAUAAAAACAAAUCCAAAUCAAUAUUUAAGAACGACCAAGUUUAAUAAUAGACUUUAUAACAAAAAAACACAAAAUAUCCACAACUAGUGAAAUAAUCGAAAUGUUGAGGACGAACAGUUAUUUAAAUGAAACAACAGCAACAGCAACAACAAAUUGAUGAAUAAAUCAUAAUAUUAAUAAAAGCAAAUUAUUUUUACUACACGGAUACAGUUUAGCCACAUUCACAUCAUCGUCGCAAAUAUGCAAAAUGUGUGGAACACGCAUUGGUACGGUGCAACAUAUAAUUGAAGAAGAAGUAAAAAAUUAAUUUUUCACAUGUUUCACAUAGGGGCUUCUAUCUCUAUUCGCCAAUACAAAUUUAUAUGCGAAAUGGUUAAAAUAUACGGCGUAUACGCGGGUUAUAUAUGAAAUAGAAACAAAAUAUACGGCAAUUAUUUAUAUGAAACAUUCAUCUGGAGUUAGAAGCCCCUAGUGUUUCAAGCAUUCACAAACACUCAAUUGUUUUUUUUUUAUUGUGUGUCAUUUACAACCAAAAUCAUCGAUUGUGUCCAUACAUAAAGUUUUUGGGGUUUUUCCGAGAAAAAAAAAUUCUCUUCGGUUUUCGAACAAUAAAAAAUCACAAAAACAAAUCUCCAAUUCCAUAAUGCGUGUGACCUUCAAAUCAUUGCGAUUAUUCUGCAUAUUUCAAAUGAUUGUAAUUUAUUAUUUUGUCGUGUUUUUUUGUUCCAUCAAUCGUUUGCGAUUUUUCACAACAAGAAAAAAAAAACAGAAACACGCAUUUCGGUUGUUUCAUUACAUUUAUUAAAUAAUAAGAUCUAGUGAAAUUCAUUAAAAUUAAAAUAUGUGCAAAUGAAGAGUGAAACAAGCACAGUUAUAGGGACUCAGCAUUCACGACUAACCGAAUCUCGUUUUUUUUCAUGCUGCAAAUACUAUUGUUUUGCGCAUAGAGAGAAAGAGGUGGAAAAAAAUCAUUUCGUUUUUGCCAUUUUUCGCUUUCAGUUCACUCAUUGCUGAUCGUAUUCAUCAUAUUGUGAAGAUGUUCGUUACGCUUUCUCAGAUUCACACUUUUGCUAUGUUGAAAUCCGAUCCUUUUACUGAUGAACCAAUCAACUCAAAGUCAGUUGCUUGGCAAUGUCUCUCGAUGAGAUGCUUCGCAUUUUUGUUCGAAUGCUUCGCAAAGUGUCUACUAAAUCAAUCACAAAGAUAAUAAUGGUUUGAACAAACCCAGUGCAAUUGCACUCGAGUGCAACGUUUGCGAUGCUCAUGAUAUUAUAAAGUGUAUUCGGCCUCCAUUAAACAAGAUCCAGAGCUGCACUUUGUCAUUUCUUUUCACCCUUCCGCCGGGGAUGGUGAUUUGGGACGAUGUUCGUUCGUUGAUUUUCGAAAGCCGUUUCCAUUGAAAUCAUCGUCGCCUUCGAUUUCGCGAACGAAAUAAACAGCCAUUGGAACGAGUACGAAUUUAAAAUUGGCCAAAAUGACAAACAAUAGCCUUUCAUAUAGUGCUGAGCAGCGUCAAAAGAAUUACAAACAGCUGAACUGAAUCCGUUCAACUGAUCGACCAAUUUUUCACGUCGGCCAUCUAUCUGCUUUGAUUCGGUUGCACUUGACAAUGCGCCAAAAAAAAUCAAGAAUAACCAAGUCCAUUCCAGUCCAAUAUUCAGAGAAGGCAUUUUUUUGUUGUGUGUGUAAGGUAAAACGAGUGAAUUUUGGUGCAUUGGUAUUUCCAUUUCAUCUUCCAUUUAGUUAUGUAUGAGUUUUUUUUUUUUUUUGGUUAAAGAGAGAGAAAGUGCUAACGAAAAAGAGAGGAAGAGGAUGAUGUCAUCACGCAGUUCAUGUAAAUUCAUGGUUGAUAUUUCUUUUUGUGUUACGCGUCGAUAUUCACCGAUGACCAAUUUCGAAACAAGAAAAGUCACAGUUUUGUUCAGUAAAAACGUGUCCCAUGGUCGAAAGAACAAAAAUGAAUGACAAAUUCCAGUGUGGUUGGCAAGCGUUGACCAAAGUAAAGAGAAGAAAAAUCACGGGAGGGGCAGAGCAAAUGCAGCGAAAUGUUCAAGUACAGGACUGUGAAUUUGUAGGAUGUAUUUAACGAUUAUAAUCAUGUGUUAUAAUUGAUAGCGCACCAAAUAGGGUCAUUUUAUGAAUUUUUAUUAUUAUUAUUAUUUUUAUGUUUUUUUUUCUGAUGCCAUUCGUUUAAGAGUUAGAAAGUGUUUCUGUCGAUGUGCAAACAAAAAAUAAAGAUUCUGUUUUGAAAAAGUCAGAUUUUGAGAUUCCGCGUAGCAAAACAAAGAAAACACACACACACACACAUGAAUCAAUUGUAAUUUUUAUUAUCAUUUAAUCAAAACAAACAACAAAAAGUGUAAAACCAAUUACAAUGAAAAAAAAAGAGAAUAAAAUCUUGAUAAUCCUUUA